AUGUCUCCUUCAGCGAAUCUUUUAUCAAGAUGCUUUCGUUUAAUAAAUAUUAUUUUACUGACAACCGUUUCAGUGAUUGCCGCCAUCUUGACUGUAUGCAUCAUAAAUAAUUUGGUGAAUAUUUACACUUAUCGAAGAACUAUUCAUUCACCAGGCCGCUUGAUAUAUGAAGAAAUUGGAAGUAUAUUGAACACACAAUCUGUUUAUUUAAUUCAAUUAAAUCUAACAAAUCAUCGUAAUCAGCAAUUAUUGAUACGUCUCAUCCCACUUGAAGGGGAUCCAGAUGUGUAUAUAGUUGGAUUCGAUACUAUUCAACAGUGGAUUACAGAGAAUAAUUUAACAUGGGAUCAAUCUUAUAUCCAUAUGAAUAAAACAGAAACUUUUACUCGAUUAGUGGACAGUUCAAUUGUGGCUCAGUCAGUAAGUAAUGGUAUUGAAGAAAUAUAUAUCCCAGAUGAAUUUACCAUCACUGAUAAUACUACUACAAAAAUACCUUUGUUAUUAGUAGUUCAUGCUAUUCCUAAUCCUUCUGCACAAUGUACUUUCAGUAUACAAAUAUAUGAAUUAAAAUCUACAAUGACUAGUUACCUUAAGGCUGAGAUCGAUGCAAAUAUCAACACACUAACUUAUGAACAAUUAACAAUCAAAUUAAAUACUAUUGAUGAGACUUUUUAUCAAUAUCAUUAUCAUAAUAACCAACAUAACCAUCAAUUUGUCUGUGAUGAAGAAUUAUUGUCAAGAAAAGAACAAUCAUCAAUUGAGUCAGAAAACAAGCGCAAAUUUUUCACUUUAACAAUUGAAAACUAUGCUUAUUUGGGAAUAGAAUUAUUCUCAUUUAUUUUUGAUAUAAUUUUAGAGAUUUUAUUGAAUCUUUUAUAA